CCGUUAUUCAACUUGUGCCUGCUAUUGGCUGCUUCCUAACUCCGUCCGCGAUGGCCGAGGUCGUCGGCCUGGUAGCUAGCAGCCUCACGUUGCUCGAGGUUGCCGACAGAGUCACCCGUGGCCUCUUUCAAUUGAAGCGGCUAUGGGAUGAAGUCAAAGACGUACCUGAAACGAUUCGGGAGAUUCUCACACGUUUGGACGUCCUCCUUCCCGUUGUCAUCGAGAUCGACAAAGACUUACAAAGGGAACCGACUAUGUCGGGCAACAGCGCCGCUGUUUUGAGCUUGUCAUAUUGCCAGAACGCAAUCAACGAGCUCACGUCAGUGAUUGACGACCUGUCGCACAACAUUGAAUCAGUCAGGGGAUUCAGGAGGAAUGCCGCCAGAGUCAAAGUCGUGUUAAAGAAAGACGCUCUAUCAAAGUAUGAACGGAAACUAGAGUGGGCUAUUCAGCUUUUACUUCUUGCACAGCAGCUACACACAAUCGCCAUCUUAAGGCUUCAACCCGAAGCAAUUGUACAGUGUCUCGUGUCUUCCGAGCUGUCCAUUCGACCAGAACCCGACUCUGAAAAGCACCAGGAGCUAUCGCCAUCCCUUGAGCAAAUUGCCAAGGAUGAAUCAAGUCAGCAGAUUUCAGCCGCUUCGCAUUCAAGAAACUGGACGAAAUUGCCUUGGAGACGGCCUUCUUUGUUUGGUAGUUUCGUUUAUACCUCCCAGCCUUCGAAACCAGACGCUCUAUUGAACUCUCUCAGUUAUUGUGCCCGACUUCAACUACCUAGGUGGAUCACAAACAAGGCGUGGGAUAUAAUGGUCGCCCCAGGACCAAACAUAUCUCUCCGAGCUUACUCUGUUGUUCCACGCGAUUCUCCUAUCUUUGAAUGUGUUAAAACUGGCGACGUGGACAAGAUGUUUGAUCUUUUCCGUCAGGGUGCCGCCUCCCCACUUGAUGUAGAUCAAUAUGGCCGAGGUUUAUUUCAGACUGCAUGUCGCUAUGGUAAUAUUUCCACGAUGAUAACUCUUCGGCAGCUCGACAUUCGAUGCCUAGAGAUGAGCCAGAGAUAUUCGUGGAUAUCAGAAUGCUUACACUUUCUUCUCAGGGAAGGCUCUGUGACCGAGGCGUUCUGUCAUUUCCUCCUGCAGAAUGGGGCUUUUCACAAGGAAGAUUACGAUUCCGAUGAACAAUGGGACAUUUCUUUAUGGAACUCGCAAAUUAUUUGUGCAAGUUCCCCAAACGCAGUGCGCCUUAUACUGCCAUACAUAUCACCCGAUCACCACACCUUGUCAGCAUACAAACGCCUCGGAUCAGUCCACCUUCAUCGAAACCACCCAAUCUCGUUACGUCUAUUCCUUCAGCCAGACGGGAGCAUUAUCGCCAGCGAUAUACGAGAACUCCAGCAACAAGGAUUAUCCCUUGCCGUCCUGGUUGCGCUUCUUUCCACGGCACAGACAGGAAGACAAACUCCUCCAACGAAUCAUUGGAGGAGAUUGCGUCGGGAUACAAUUGCCGUGACGGAGUCCUUAAGCUUUCGACAAGGGCCCCUGGGCUCACUCUUCGAAUACCACCCUGGAUUAAGUCACCAACCAAUCGGGACUGCAUUCUCUGCCAUAAUAGUAGGGACCCUGGUCUCAAUUUACGAUUGGGCCGAUUAUGAAACCAAGAAUGAGUGGAUUCAUCAGCUGAAUACGGCGCUUCAGAACUGGUUGGAAGACCUGAGCAUUGCCGGUGUUGACCUCGCUGAAUAUGGCAGAAUUGAAGAGGCCAUCCUAAGCAGUCUCAGUCCUUCAGAGAAAUCCUUCAUCGCUUUUUUCCCUGCAACUCAACAUCCAACCCGGAUGCCAACGAAACGCUGGAAUUAUUACCAAAUUGGUCAUAUCAAGUUAGAAAGCUUCACCUACGGGCCUAAACCGACAGACUGGAGCUAUGUGUGGGACUACCCAACUGAGAACUUCUCCGGUGAAUUCUGGGAGAUGAUUGAUAAUGUGUCUUUGAAGGUCCCGGGGUCUUGGGUCGAGGAUUCUGACUCAGAUGAUUCAAGCUCUUAUGGCUCAGAUGAAUGGGGCAUGUAUGGAUGAAUGCUAAAUGAGGGGGCCAAGCGUCUUCUCGCAUUGGUAAAAUCGUGUAAGGAGUAUCUAGCAAGAUAACAG